AUGAAGAUGAGUGUGAGCAGCUCGCUGUAUGUGGGCGAUCUGGAGGCGGACGUGACUGAAGCCAUGCUGUUCGAGCGCUUCCGGUCGCUCGGCUCGGUUCAGUCGAUCCGAGUCUGCAGAGACCGACUCAGCUGCCGCUCGCUCGGUUACGCGUUCGUGGGACACUUCAAGUCUCAAAAAGAGCGCGAGGCUGAAAUGCAGGCGAGAAACAAAGAGUUCACAAACAUCUACAUCAAGAACUUUGGGACGGAUGUGGAUGACGAGAUGCUGACGGAGAUUUUCAGUACAUUCGGCCCGACCCUGAGCGUUCGGGUCAUGACGGAUGAGAAGGGACACUCGAGAGGCUUCGGUUUCGCCAGCUUUGAGAAGCACAGCGAUGCCAAACGGGUGAGUGAUGUGAAGCUGAAGUGUGGGAUUCCCGAUUUUUUUUUAACCAAUAAAAACACAAUGAGGCUCCCAUGA